AUGCGAGGGCUUGGGGUAGGAGGCUGCGGGUGGCCACCCUUCGACUGCUCUACUCGGGACGAUGAGGAGGAGUACUAUGGCACCGAUCCCCGGCCCCAAAGCCUGGCAUUCGAGGAGAAGGAUCCGAAGCUCCAAGCAGGCCUGGACGCUGUUUCAAUCACAAGCAGCUUGGACAGUGGCAUGCGCUCGCCGCAGUGCCGGAUCUGCUUCCAGGGCCCUGAACAGGUAGGCUCCCCUGUCCUGAACCGUAGCCCUGCACUUCACCUAUCUAUCCAAGUCUAG